CUGCGGCUCGCGCGCGGCGCUCUCCGGAGUGUCCCUGCGGCGGCCAGGAUGGAGGAGGCCGGAGCGGUGGUAGCCACGGGCGGGGAGGCCGAGCUGAACUUGUCCCGCCUCAGCGUGUCCCCCGAGACGCUGGGGUUGGAGCUGGAGGCGUGGGGCGAGGAGCGGCGCGGCGCGCGGGAGGCGCUGCAACGGCUACUGCUCUCGCACAACCGUCUGGUGUCGCUGCCGCGGGCGCUGGGCAACGGCUUCCAGCACCUGCAGCUGUUGGACGUGAGCGGCAACGCGUUGACUGAGCUCGGGCCGGAGCUGCUCGCGCUGCGGAGCCUGCGCACGCUUCUGGCCAAGAACAACCGGCUUGGCGGGCCCGGUGCGCUGCCCAAAGGCCUGGCCCAGUCGUCGCUCUGCCACAGCCUCCAAAUACUCAACCUCAGCGGGAACUGCUUCCAGGAGGUGCCCGCCUCGCUGCUGGAGCUGCGCGCCCUGCAGACCCUCUGUCUGGGCAGCAACCAGCUGCAGAGCAUCCCGGACAAGAUCGAGAACUUGCAGAGUUGAGAGUGUUUAUAUCUUGGAGGAAACUUCAUCAAAGAAAUCCCACCAGAAUUAGCAAAUCUGCCUUGUCUGAAUUACUUGGUAUUAUGUGACAACAAAAUCCAGAGUGUGCCUCCUCAGCUUUCACAGUUGAAUUCACUUUGUUCCCUCAGUCUUCACAGUAACUUGCUGACAUAUCUGCCUCGAGAGAUCUUCAACCUUAUUCAUUUGGAAGAGAUGAAUUUGAGAGGAAAUCCAUUGGUUGUUCGUUUUGUUAGAGAUUUAACCUAUGACCCUCCAACUCUUCUGGAAUUAGCUGCAUGGACCAUUAAAAUUCGAAAUAUCUCCUACACUCCUUAUGACCUUCCUGGGAACCUUCUUAGAUACUUGAGUUUAGCCAGCAAUUGCCCAAACCCAAAGUGUGGAGGAGUCUGCUUUGACUGCUGUGUCAGACAGAUUAAAUUUGUGGACUUCUGUGGGAAGUACCGCCUCCCACUGAUGCACUAUCUGUGUUCGCCUGAGUGCUCUUCCCCUUGUAGUUCUGCCUCUCACAGCUCCACAUCCCAGAGUGAGUCUGACUCGGAGGACGAAGCUAGUGUUGACGCACACAGAAUGCAGAAGGUUCUUCUUGGUUGAAAGAGUGCAGGGUGCUGUGAAACACUGCAGGACUGAGCAAGGGUGUUUAGAAAGAAAAUAGACAAUGAAGGUUAUUGGAAAACUUACCUUCAUCUUGAAUGUUCAUGAAAGAACCGAGGUGAUGUGAAAGAUUUUGUAUUUCAUGUACCGACUUAGUAGGACUGAGUCCAGUCCCAUAUUUGGAUUCUUUGGUUAUAAUUUACUCUGAGUGGCAGUUUCAAAUUUGACUGACUGUGUACAGUUUUCACCCAAGUUUUGCGUGAAUCACAGCAGAGAGGAAUGUUCAGCAGAGUAGUGCUAUGAUAAACCAUGGGUGGUGUUGCUUGUCACAGUGAAAUGAAGAAAUCAUCAAAGCUCUAAUUAUUGCCACAGUUGUCCUUGUGUUUAGGUAGAACACUGCACCAUAGCAGAAUUAACCCUCCCUUGUAUUGCCUAGAUGUCUAGAGGUUACAGAGCUAUUCAGAUAAGUUCAAAGAUGGUUACAGAGGACCUAAACCUUUCUGACCUACCAACUGGUAAAGCAAGGGAUAUAACUUGUGUGUGGGCCUUUAAAAGCCUUUGAUUCUGCUCCUUUGUUCUAUGUAAUUGAUUGUUACCUUUAUAUAAUCCAGCAGUGACUAUUAUGGUGCCUUAACACUAACAGAGAUUUAGAAGUUUAUUUAAGAAAUGAUGCCAGAGCAGCCUAUAACCUGACAUGCUAUGCAGAACACUUUGACAUAUCCAUUACCAGAACUAGGUAAACAACUGUAUAUUAAACUGACAGCUACCUUAAUUUCAUUUUUUGUUUAUUUAAACAUGAAGUGAUCCCCUGUAAGCAAAUCACUUUUGCACUAAUGGGAGGCCACAGUCUUGAUGAACCUGUUAGCAUAAGACAGAAUAAUAAAUAAUAAAUAAUAAAUCGGUCAGAUUUCUUUUGACAGAAAAGAGAUGUAAGCUUGGAAAUUUUCUUUCAUCUUACACUAAAGAAGUGGAAAAAUUACUUUAAAAUGUUUGAGUCAAGUAUGGCACCUUUACCUAUGUGCACUGAACUGUAACUUUCUCUACAUUUUAAAUAAAAAACUAGGAAAGCAUUACAAGCAAAAUAAAAUUAGGGGCAGCUGUCAUUUGUGUAAAGACUAAAGCUGUCUUUAAAUUGUGUGAAAUAAAGCAAUUUCCAAAAUUAA